UUUAAAUUAUAUUUUAAAUUAUACUACAAUUGAAUAAUUUGUUAUAUUACAAUUGAAUAAUUUGUUAUAUUACAAUUGAAUAAUUUGUUAUGUUAUAAUUGAAAAUUUUGAGUUAAAUGUUGACGGAUGGGAUAUAAGUCUAGAGGUUCUCAUAAAAAAUUUACGCCUAGGGGAAGGUCGAGAUAUGUCGCCUCGGAUGAUGAAAUAAUUGCGAGAAAUCAAGAGAUUUCACAGGAAAAACACAAAGAAUCGGAAUCAGAUGAAAGUUCUGAUGAUUCCAAUGAAUUAGAAGAGACCCCUGUAAAUAUUAUUAAAGGCUCCAACGAGGAGGAAUUUGAGCCUUUUGAGGUAAAUAACCCGAACAAAAUGAAGAACGCAGUGGAAAAAACCGGCGUCGUAGAACUGAGCAGAAGGGAACGAGAAGAACUCAAACGACAAAAAUUUGAACGAGAUAAAAUGAGGUUAAUGGCUGAGGGGAAGUUGGCGACGGCAAGGGCUGACUUGGAGAGGUUGGCCAAAAUAAGGCGGGAGAGGGAGGAAGCUUUAUCCCGGAAAAUGGAAAAAAUGAAAGUCGGAAAGAGCUAACCAUUUUGAACCGAAUUUUUAAUUAAGCAGAAUUUUCCAUAACUAAAGGGAUUUUAUUGUAAUUUUAUGAAUAUUUUAAUUUUAUGAA